UGCUUUAGAUUAGGAUUUUUACAUUCAAUUUCGAUUUUGGGAUUCAACUUAUUUUUUCUAUAAUUUUGUCUAGUUUUGUAUUUUGUGUUUUGCCCCUGUCUGCCUUUGCGAUGUUUCCUUCUACUACUGGCCUGGGCCUUCCUCAGGCCAAGAGAGGGAAAUGGACAUGGGGAGUUAUCAGUUUUGUUAUAUUUUUCCUAUUUCUUUUAUGGAUCUUCUUCCUUGAUUUACCUGAGAUUCGAGCUAAUCGUACUAAAUAUAACCUGACUCAAUCCCAUAGGCAGACUGCUACAGGACGUAACAGAACAAGGCGAAGUACAUUUUAUGAUGCCUGGACGUAUACCAGGGAAGCUGAACAACUCAUGUGUGGCCCUCUUCCGCCCCCUUUAGGGUUCCCGUAUUUUUGCUACAAUCCCAAUCAGACACUAGAUGUGUUAAUUAUAGCACCAAGGGACAGUUUCAGACAUAACCACUGGGGAACAGCAAGUAAGUGGCGAGGCUAUCACUGGUACAUUCGGGGAUUGUUGGGGGAUGGAGGAUGGGGAUCAAUAUUUAGAUCCACAGCAGAAUCAUCUUGGAAGAAAGGUUCCUAUGGGUGGACACCCCGAGCUCGUGAGUGGUCCAGAAUAAUUUCUAAUUUUACUGUUUCAGAUUCGUUUUUCACUUUCCGUGUUAACACCACUGGUCAGCCUUUCCCUGUUUCUACACAGGGUUACAUCACUUUUUGCUCACGAUUGCUCAUUUGUGCAUGGGCAAAUGGAAAAGAUCCGUGUUGGCAGAUUAUGUUUUGUCCAGACUUUAAUGCUACCACCACCACUCUCUUACGGACAGGAUUAGGCUUCAGUCCAGUCAAACAGGUAAAAAUCAUAGAAGGAACUCCUUCCACAGAUAAUUGGUUCCAGAUUGUGACAGGUAUCAGCGGGGAAGCCAACAACUGGUUGCUGAUGGUCGAACAAGCAGCAAAUGUAAUAAAGGGAGACUGUGUUGUGUGUAUGGGACCCCGUCCUUUGUUACGUGUGGUUCCCGCAGCAGUUCCAGCAGAAUGUGUCGCUGACUUAAUGACUAGCACAAUUCCUUUUAGCCCGGACUGUCGGAAACUGGAUCGCUUUUAUCCUCUGGCCCCCAGUGAUAAAAGUAAGCCUGUUUUUGACCGACGUGUGGCCCCUCAAAAUUUCUCAUGUUUCGUGUUACGUAAUGGAAAUGGUAGUCGAUUUAUAGGUAAUGUUACUGACAAUUGGUGUAAUGACACACAAGUUCUGACUCAUUUCCAGCCACUCUCACGAGCGGAUAUUUGGAUAUGGUGUGGCACAAAUCAAAUAUUUGACAGAUUACCCCUGAAUGCCGCCGGACGGUGUGCAUUGGUCACUUUGAUCUUACCCGUUUUUAUUCAACCCACAGCUUUGACAGGUGUCGCACCCCCGCUGACCCACCAGCCUACCUGGAGAUGGUCCAAGCGUGACACGGGCUGGAUGGGCCAGAAUGAUCCGACAUACAUUGACUCUCUUGGUGUCCCUAGAGGCGUUCCAGAGAGUAUUCUCUUAUGGAUUACCCCUAAUAAAAACGUUGACAGAAUUAACUACAUCCAUUACAAUGUUCAGAAGUUAGGCAAUUACACUGUUGCAGGUUUUGAAGCUGUGCAUGAACAAUUGAAGGCCACCUCCCUCAUGGCAUUCCAAAACAGAAUUGCAUUAGAUAUGUUAUUGGCGGAGAAAUCUGGUGUUUGUGGUAUUUUUGGUGAUCAGUGUUGUACUUUUAUUCCCAAUAAUACGCAAGCUGGUGGUAAGUUGACAGUGGCUAUUGACGGUAUGCGCACAUUAAAUAAGAAAAUGAAGGACCAUUCAGGUGUUGACACAUCCAUGUGGGAUGACUGGAUGAAAGUGUUUGGUCCCUGGAAAAAUUUGAUCUCCUCUAUUCUUGUUGCAGUUGCCGUCUUUACAGCUAUUCUCACUCUGUGUGGUUGUUGCUGCAUUCCCUGCAUUAGGUCACUUCUGACACGCCUCAUAGAGAAAGCGGUGGGCGACAAGGAUCGUGAGCAGGGGCAAUAUGCCAUGUUGCCUGUCAGUGAUCCUUUUCCCCCACCCCAGCUGUCAACUCAGUUUGUGUGAUUUUGUUCUGCCUUAACAUGUCUCGCAUUCCUCCCCCUUAAUUCCAGGUGUUCUUUUGCUUUACAGGAACUGUUAACUUUUUUACGGUUAUGCUUUUUUACUAUUUGAAUUUGAAUUACACUGAAUUAGACUUUGAAUUUGUUUUAUUUACCUUAUUUACUACUUUAGUUUUUGUACUGUGUAACUUUUAUUAAUGACAUUGUGCCAAGGGGUUAGGUCGAUCUUGUGAGCAUGGGCAUCCUUAGGGGUGGUUGUCGCAGGAGCACGGAACCGUCGCGAGACUUUUCCUGUCAGACUAUACACUGAAUGUUUAACUGAUGCUCCAGACAGGUUUCGCUCGCACGUUCAUGCAUGGACGCCUAACUCCUUUGAAAUAUUUUGUGUUCCAGAUUGUGCGGGCUUUAGACCACAGCUGUCAGGUUAGGUUAGGUUUGUAAUGUUUUGUUGUUUUUGAGUGUUGUAGUGUUAAGUCUUUUAGGUGAUCACACUUUGUGUGAUCAAGAGAGGGAAAUGUAGAAAAUGUAUGUUUUAAUAUCU